UGUAUUGUAUAUGAUAUGCUGUCUAAAUACCCCUAAUCCUAACUCACACACUCACACACUCACACACACACAUACGAUACCUAACAUACAACAUACAUAUUAUACAUAUACACACACAACAACAAAUAUAUAUAAUUUGAAACAUCUCUAUAUUAUGAUUGAGUAAAUUAAAUCAUAGUUUUUAAUAGUUUUUAAACAAAAACAUAAAUUGCAAAACUUUUCAUGCGUUUUACUUUCUCUUCUCCCUAAACUCUAUACUAUAUACCCUAUAAUGAUUACUUUAUGGGGCGGGGUGGGUUGGUUGGUUGCCAUGGCAAACAUUUCAAGGACCAAACAGAAAGCAACUCGUCAUAGCUCUGACGCCAUUUCUAUUGUAGCUGCAAUCUAGUCGAGAUUGCAAUAAUAUUUCAACAAAAAAUACAACACGAAAUGUCUGCUGAGGAUUCCUGGGUAUUUGAUUCUCUCGUCUGUUUUCUGCACGGACCUGUUUGGAAUGCACCGCUUCAGACCUUCAUCGAGCAGAAAUCGCUGGUCUUUGAUCCCAAUUUGCAGGCGGAUGAAAACAAUCCGGACAUAAGACAAAUCUAUGAGGAAUACAAGAAUCUGGUGGACUUUAUGCUAGGUAGUUUCAUGGAGGAGAUGCACAUUACCCCGGAGCAGUUUGAACUGGCUUGCCUCGAGGGCAGACAGCAAGGACAGGGCGAGAAUCCAUUUCAGUUCCAUCAAGUGUUGUUUCAGCAGAUUUGGGCAGCCAACGAUUUGAAGAUCUUCAUACGCAUGAUGACCCAACGCAAUGUGGAGCUGCAGCUGCAGGCGCUGGACUUGAUUGAGAAGCAUCAGCUGGCUCAAAGUCUCUCCGACAGCGAGAGUGCCACAGUCACAGACGAUGCCGCUGGCGAUGUGGAUGUGGACCAAUUGAUUGCCAAAACCGUGUCGGAUGACCUCGAGAGUCCCGAGGCUGCUCUGACACCCGAACAAGAUGCCAAUCUCGAGCUGGUCAACGAUAAGUUUCAGCGCUUGAAUCUCUUCUUCGAGCAGGAGGACAAAGUGGAUCCCAACGAUGUCGUUUCACGGCAGGAAUACUUGCGUCAGCAGCGCGACAAAAUCGUCGAGAUCAAGAAGCAAACACGGGCCAAGCAGCUGCAGGAAACCGUGGCACGCAGCACACCAGCUGGAGGAGCACGUCCCAGCUCAGCACAGGUGGCACAGCAGCUGCUCGAAGGCGACGAGUUGCCGCCGUCGCCUCCAGCAGAUGAGGCAGAGAAUGCAGCGUUGCAACUGCGACGCACUCUUGCCAAGCGGCUGCGCAACGAGGUUGUGGAGCACCAAUGAAGGAAUGGAAUGGAAUCCAACGAUUUACACAUUUUAAACACUUUUAUUUUGCAAGUCUAGUUUGGCGCGUCGUGUGUGUGUGUGUGUGACUGUGACUAGUAUGGACUGGGAGUUGACUCUAUGUCUAUUGCAGUUGCCUUUGUUAUUUGUGGUACAAGGUAAUACGCGCGUCUCGAUGUAGCCAAACAUCCACAAACACACAUACGCACACACCUCGAGGUGUAGUGUGUGUGUGUGUGCAUUGUGGGUGUGUGGCAGCUACUUUAAUUUGGUUAAGCGA